CUUCUUCAUCUUGUUUAAAAAAAAAAAAAAAUUCCCACGUACUCUCCUGUAAACAGUAAAACAUAACUUCAUUCCGCUACAGCCAGAGUGGGAGACCAAUUCAGCAUUGAACAGCAUGGAGGAGAUUCGACCUCAACUCGUCAACUGUGACCAGACAACUUAAAGUAACCGAGCCGGGCUACAGGAGCCUCGGAUAACACGUGUAGAUUGCUUUAGUUGUUUUAAAGAGAUACAUAUCGAUAUCAGAAACAACAACAACAGCAACACAGGCACACACCGAGCUGCCGGCUACAGCUUCUACUUUUGGAAAGUGGAGAUGCGUUGCUACGCUGCCUUCAGCUGCCUGCUUGUGAGUGUGAUUCUACAAAACGUUACACCAAAGAGCCACAGCCAGCCCUGGCAAUGCGAGCGCCCGAAGUCGCCAAGUCAAAUGAACUCGUUUCUGUGGACGAUCAAGAGAGACCCCCCGUCCUACCUGUUCGGGACGAUCCACGUCCCCUACACCCGCGUCUGGGACUUCAUCCCUGAGAACUCCAAGAAGGCCUUCCAGCUGAGCAGCAACGUGUUCUUCGAGCUGGAUCUCACUGACCCCUACACCAUCACGGCUCUCACCAGCUGCCAGCUGCUGCCACGGGGAGAGAGUCUGCAGAAGCUGCUGCCCCGGGAGCUGUAUCGCCGGCUCAAGAGCCAUCUGGACUAUGUCAAGCACAUGAUGCCUCACUGGAUGACCCCCGACCAGCGGGGCAAGGGGCUGUACGCCGACUACCUCUUCAAUGCCAUUGCUGGCAACUGGGAGCGCAAGCGGCCUGUCUGGGUCAUGCUGAUGGUCAACUCCUUGACCGAGGCAGACAUCCGCUCCAGGGGGGUCCCCGUGCUGGACCUGUACCUGGCUCAGGAGGCAGAGAGGCUGAGGAAGAGGACAGGGGCCGUGGAGAGGGUGGAGGAGCAGUGCCACCCACUCAAUGGGCUCAACUUCUCACAGGUGCUGUUUGCUCUGAACCAGACACUGCUGCAGCACGAGAGCCUCCGGGCAGGCAGUGUGCAGGUCCCCUACACCACAGAGGACCUCAUCAAACACUACAACUGCGGGGACCUGAGUGCCAUCAUCUUCAACCACGACACCUCGCAGCUCCCUCACUUCAUCAACAGCUCCCUCCCCGACCAUGAGCGCAUCACAGCCCAGCAGAUCGACAGCUACUUCCGGCAGGAGCUUAUCUACAAGAGGAAUGAGCGCAUGGGCCGUCGCAUCACUGAGCUGCUCGAGGGCAACCCCGGGCAGGCCUUCUUCUUCGCCUUCGGGGCAGGUCACUUCCUGGGAAACUACACCGUGCUGGACAUCCUGAGGCAGGAGGGCUAUGAGGUGGAGCACACGCCCUCUGGACAGCCAAUCACAGAGAAGCCCUACCCAUCUGCAGGCAGCCCCUCAGAGACAGAGCUGCCCCCCCUGAGGCACCCCUUGGGGACGGGCUUCCCUGAUGCAACACACCCUGAAGAGGAGCUCCUGACACCCCACCUGCUGCUCCCAGACAGCCUGAGCCAGCUGGAGGAGUUCGGGAGGCAGAAGAAGCGCCCCAAAAAACAGCAGCGGCAGCAGGGCAGGCAGCGGCAGUUCAACGACCUGUGGGUGCGCAUGGAGGACAGCACAAUACAGCUACCAAACAUCCGAACCACCAAGGGCUACAUCACAGUGGAGCCUCCUUUAACAUCGCAGGAGCAGCAAAGACGAACGGAAGCCCACAAUCUGCACCCCCCAGGAUGGGACGCCACCUCACCCUCGUCCCCCGCCCCCCCUGUCAUCCCCCCCCAGGUUGCUGUGGUCUGCCUGCUCGCUGUGCUCCUGCCCCGGCUGCUGCAGCCCUCCUGACCAGCAGAGAGAACCUCAACCUCGCAACGGAGAGCAACUCAAAAAGACUGAGAAACUCACUGUACUUGGCUACUCUGUCAAGCAGGGACUUUUUUGUAAAAAUGUAUUUGUUCAUACAAGAUAAUGUAUAUUUAUUCACCCUUAAAAAGAAAGUUUAUUUUGUUGUGUUUGUGUUUUGAUCCAAAAAAAAAAAAUAAAGCAGACCUUGUACCGGCACUAAAGUUAGUAAUUUCUAAUGAAGCAGCAGAGUGUUCUACAAGCUGGAGGUUCUGCUUAGCUUCAUAGCCUGACUCAAAAGAUACAUUAUUAGCAAUUAGUGUUUCGAUCAGUGGUUCUGUGCAAAUCAUUAAAAAGA